AUGCGUGCUGGGCAGAGAACUACUUAUCUGGGCAUCCCUAGUACUGUGGGCCAAUCGAAGAGUGAGAUCUUCCAGAUGCUGGUGGAUCGGACGCGAAAAAAGUCUAAGGAUUGGAAAAGAAGGUUUUUGUUGGGAGCGGGUAAAAUGGUGCUCAUUAAAGCAGUCCUCCAGUCUAUUCCUUCAUACAUUAUGAGUUGUUUUGCGUUGCCGGAUCAAGUUUGUCAACAACUUAACAGCGUGGCGGUGCGGUUUUUUUGGGGUCAGAAGAAUGAUGAAAGACGCAUCCAUUGGAAGAGUUGGAAGAAAAUUUGUGUGCCCAAAGGGGAAGGAUGCUUGGGUUUUCGGGAUAUCGCUCUGUUCAAUCAGGCGAUGCUUGCCAAACAAGUGUGGCGCCUCCUUACUAAUGAUACAUCCCUGCUCGCCCGGUCUCUUAAGGCGAGGUACUUUCCAAUAAAUGAUCUAUUGUUGGCUAGUAAUGCUCAUAACCCAUCGUAUGCAUGGAAAAGUCUGCUAGUUGGUAGAGAUUUAAUUGUGAAAGGACUUGCCCUGGAGGUUAGGAAAUGGGGAGCGAAUCGAAUUGGAGUGGAUUCCUGGUUACUUGAUGGAAAAGGCCAAUUCUUUACGGCAAAAGUUGAUGAUGGUUUUGCUAAUUUGACAGCUCAAGAGAUGAUGAAUGGUGACCUUGAUGCAUGGGAUUGUGAGAAGAUUGAAGAGAUACUGCAACCGAGUGAUCGUCAGAAGGUUUUGUUCCAGAUUCAGCCGAAACCAAAUGAGAAAGAUAGGCCUUUCUGGCCAUGGGGUAAAUUCAACAUGUAUUCGGUUAAGUCCGGGUAUAAGCUGGCCCUUGAUUUGAAAUGA